GAAGCGACUCAUCAGUAGCAGCUUGCUAAAAAAAAAGUUUAAAGUAUCCAGACACGUCCUGUGGAUGUUAGGCAAUGUGUUUUAAAUACACGUAUAUUUACACCUUAGUACCGCUAAUCGGUUUUAUUUCACAUCCAGUUAGGUACGACGUUGAUUGUCUGAUGCUAACGUUAUAGAUAACGUUAGAUGGCUACGUCCGUUUCGAUAGCACCAGUGGCUGAAGCUAGCUAGUUAACUUUUCACCAACACGCUUUCCAGAAAUGAACAAACGGCUUGUAACAAUUUAUAUAUUAAGUUAAUGGAUUCAUUUUACUUCGGUGAGUAAAGAACCGUUGGUGUCUCCAUAGUGCUGUGCUCUUUCGUCAAACCAGCUAGCUACUAUAGGUAUCUUCGUUGGUAUAUUGACCUAGCUAGUUAACUAACAUUCCCAACAAUGAGCUCACUAAGUUACUCCCCCCUUGUUAAAGAAGAGGAGGUCUGCUGGACGGAGAAAGAGGGUAUGUCGGUGAACAGUGUCGAGGAAGUUAUUACAGUGAAGGAGGAGGAUGAAGAAGAGGGUGCCGUAUUUGGAGAGGAGAAGGAGGCUGCCACAGUGAAAGAAGAGGAGGAAGAAGCUUUCAGAAUGGAAAAGGAGGAAGAGGAGGCUAUCACAUUGAAAGAAGAAGAGGAUGAUAUUACAGUGAAACAGGAAGAUGAACCUUUUGGAGAGGAAGAGCAGGAUAUCUCAGAAGAGGAAGACGUUUUGAGAGUGAAAGAGGAGGAGGUGACUGAAGAUCUGAUUAUCACCAGAGAGAGACCAGACUCUCACUCUGACAGUGGGAAGAGUCCUUCAGAGGAACCAGACCCAGAGACAUCCAAACCAGCAAGACAACACCACUACUGCCACUGUGGAAAGAGUUUUUGGUGGUUAGGGCACUUUAGAGACCAUAAGAGAAUGCACAUAGGGGAGAAGCCUUACCAAUGCUCCCAGUGUGAAAAAAGUUUUACCCACUCAUGGAGCCUGAAAUUGCAUAAUAGAAUACACACAGGAGAGAAGCCUUUCCACUGCUCCCUGUGUGGAAACAGUUUUACACACUUAAGGGUCCUGAAAAUACAUGAAAGAACACACACAGGAGAUAAGCCUCAUCACUGCUCCCAGUGUGGAAAGAGUUUUACGCUGUUAGGGAGCCUGAAACGACAUGAGAGAAUACACUCAGGAGAAAAGCCUCACCACUGCUCUCAGUGUGGAAAGAGUUUCAGCUGGUUAACAAGCCUGAAAAUACAUGAGAAAACACAUACAGGGGAGAAGCCUUUCCACUGCUCCCAGUGUGGAAAGAGAUUUUCCCAGUUAGGGGACCUAAAAGGACAUAAGAGAACGCACACUGGAGAGAAGCCUUACCACUGCUCACAGUGUGGAAAGAGAUUCACCCGGUCAGGAAACCUGCAAAAUCAUGAGCUAACACACUCUGUAUAUAAGCCUUAUCACUGCUCCCAGUGUGAAAAAACGUUUUUUUCAUCAAAUGCCCUAAAACAACAUGAGUUAACACACGCUGAAGAGAAACCUUUCCACUGUUCCCAGUGUGGUAAGAGAUUUUUCUUAUCAGGGCACCUGAAAAGACAUGAGCUAACACACUCGGUGGAGAAGCCUUUCCACUGUUCUCAUUGUGAAAAGAGUUUUAAGAGUUUAUGGAACAUGAAAGUGCAUCAAAAAACACACACAAAGGAGAAGUCUUCCACUGCUCCCACUAUGGGAUGAAAUGUACAUGGUUUCAACAAUUGAAAGAGCAUGAAAUAAUCAACAGCUGAGAGAAGUUAUCAGAGGUCCCAGAGUGGGAAGGGAUAUAGUACAACACAUGGGGUUAGAGAAGUUAUCAGAGUGGGAAGGGAUAUAGUACAACACAUGGGGUUAGAGAAGUUAUCAGAGGUCCCAGAGUGGGAAGGGAUAUAGUACAAAACAUGGUGUUAGAGAAGUUAUCAGUGGUCCUAGAGUGGGAAGGGAUAUAGUACAACACAUGGUGUUAGAGAAGUUAUCAGAGGUCCCAGAGUGGGAAGGGAUAUAGUACAACACAUGGGGUUAGAGAAGUUAUCAGAGGUCCCAGAGUGGGAAGGGAUAUAGUACAACACAUGGGGUUAGAGAAGUUAUCAGGUCCCAGAGUGGGAAGGGAUAUAGUACAACACAUGGGGUUAGAGAAGUUAUCAGUGGUCCCAGAGUGGGAAGGGAUAUAGUACAACACAUGGUGUUAGAGAAGUUAUCAGAGUGGGAAGGGAUAUAGUACAACACAUGGGGUUAGAGAAGUUAUCAGAGGUCCCAGAGUGGGAAGGGAUAUAGUACAACACAUGGGGUUAGAGAAGUUAUCAGAGGUCCCAGAGUGGGAAGGGAUAUAGUACAACACAUGGGGUUAGAGAAGUUAUCAGGUCCCAGAGUGGGAAGGGAUAUAGUACAACA